AUGAAAAUUACAACCGAUACCCGCUGGUAUAGAAAACAAUCUAUGGGCCAUAAUGCAAUUCAGAAGGUAAUUCCAGAAUUAUUAAAAGUAGCUGGUGUAUCUGAAUAUAAGACUAAUCAUUCCUUGAGAGUGACCACUGCUACAAGUCUCUUCAAUUCUGGUGUACCAGAACAGCUGAUAAUGGAGCGUACCGGCCACCGCAGUGUGGAGGGGAUUAGAACUUACAAGAGGACAUCAGAUGACAUGAAGAGGGGAAUAAGUGGCAUUUUGAAUCACGCCGAUACCAUAAACCCAACAGACACUACAGAUACCAAAAAAGAAGCUGACAAUAAUUCAGAGACGCCGACAAAAAUAAGCCGAACGAGUGCACCGAUUAUAUAUGCUACUAAUUGCGUUAUCAAUAUAUCAAAAUAA